AAUUUUCUUUCCAAGCGUGGCGUAGAAAAAAGUAGUCCUGUUAUAAAUUGUAGUAAAAGUGUAACUUUAAAAGGAAUUAUUCAUAGCAAAAGUUGGUUUUGCUAGACACUCGAAAACACGGCAGCAGUUGAUUUCAAAGCUAUACAGGUUCUCGAUCUAUUGAUACAAGAUGGUCAAGGAAACCGGGUACUACGAUUUGCUGGGCGUGAAGCCGAACGCAACUCCCGACGAGCUCAAGAAGGCCUACAGGAAGCUGGCUCUGAAGUACCAUCCCGACAAGAAUCCCAAUGAGGGGGAGAAAUUCAAAGCCAUCUCGCAAGCCUACGAAGUGCUGUCGGACGUGGACAAGCGUCAGGUGUACGAUGACGGCGGCGAGGCGGCCAUCAAGAAGGGCGGCGCCGAUUCCGGCGACUUCCGUAACCCCAUGGACUUCUUUGAGAAGUUCUUCGGAGCCGGAUUCGGUGGCGGCGGCGGUGGCGGACGACGUCGCGAGCGCCGCGGCAAGGAUGUGGUGCACCAGAUGUCGGUGCAGCUGGACGAGCUGUACAACGGUGCCACGCGCAAGCUGCAGCUGCAGAAGAACGUGAUUUGUGACAAGUGCGAGGGCCGUGGGGGCAAGAAGGGCAGCAUUGAGAAGUGCGCCAACUGCCGGGGCAAUGGCGUGGAGGCGCGCGUCCAACAGAUUGCACCUGGCAUCAUGCAACACAUCGAGCAGGUGUGCCGGAAGUGCUCUGGCACCGGCGAGGUUAUACAGGAGAAGGACCGCUGCAAAAACUGCAACGGCCGGAAGACGGUGCGGGAGCGCAAGGUGCUGGAGGUGCACAUCGAGAAGGGAAUGCGGGAUGGUCAGAAGAUAGUAUUCACAGGGGAGGGCGACCACGAACCCGAUUCGCAACCGGGUGAUAUCAUUAUACUGUUAGACGAGAAGGAGCAUUCAAUCUUUGCACAUGCCGGCCAGGAUCUCAUGAUGAAGAUGCCGCUGCAGCUGGUAGAGGCGUUGUGCGGCUUCCAGCGCCUGGUCAAGACAUUGGACGGCCGUGAUCUGGUCGUGUCCACGCAGCCCGGUGAAGUCAUUCGCCACGAGAUGACCAAAUGCAUCUCGGAGGAGGGCAUGCCCAUAUACAAGAAUCCAAUGGAGAAGGGAAUGCUAAUCAUUCAGUUCGAGGUGAUCUUCCCCGACGUGAUCAACCCAUCAGUGGUACCGACGCUCAAGCAAUGCCUGCCACCGGCCCCAGAGGUCGACAUUCCAUUCGAAGCAGAGCAGACGGUUUUGGAGGACUUUGAUCCCAAGCAGCGACGCCAGCAACACCAGCGCAUGGCCUAUGACGAGGACGAGGGUGGCUAUCAGGAUGGCCCCCGCGUCCAGCAGUGCACAUCCAGCUAAGCGGUUAUACAUACUUACAUACUUAGUAACCCAGACACACUACAAGCCACAAGCCCAACCAACCAAUCCGUACGGCGUGCCAGCUCUGUACCCCCCCCCACCCUAUACUGUAACCUAGAUCCCGAACACCAAUCACACUGUAACUACAGCUUGCGAUGGCCGAAGAAUACCCACACAGACCUAGACCCAGUUGCAUGCUGCAUUGUACUACUCCACACACUACACUACAAAAUACAAUACACCACACAACAUAUAUGAAAAAGCAAACCAACCAAUACAGAAACUAAGGUUAUUUCUUUCAUCUGGCUACGAGAUAUGCAAAGCUACGAUAACGAUAUUUAGUUUAGGUUUAAAUCAAUGGAAACUUAUCAGAUGUGUGCACUAUAUAACGUCUAUAAUGCGUGGUUGUUCAAUAACUAACGAGAAUAUAUCCUCUGAAUACACAUACGUUUAUGUUGAGUUACGUACGAUACGAUCCGAUAGAGAUUGUCGUCGAUGAACCCAAAACUGAAACUGAAAUUGAAACUGAAACCGCUAACAGCAAAGCAGCGCCGCCACUAGAACCGUAUCUAAGGAACAACAACAACAACAACGUCUAGCAACAAGUUUAAGUUAUUUAAUUCCAGCAUAAAUAAAAGCGUUAGUUUAAACGGAUAUAACAAAUAAAUAAUUAAUACACACAA